GCAGCCGUGAGACCCUCUCUUCCCCAAGUCUCGUUUCUCUUUCUUCCUCUAGAUCUACAGAUUCUCAAUCUUUACGCUUCUAUUGAUCUCUAUCUCUUACUAUUUAUUCUCAGUUUCUUCCUUUUCUGUUUUUGUUCUCUCUCAAUACUUAGGUUUUGAUUUUGUUUCUGACUCAUGUUGUUUGUUUGAAGCGACAAAGAAUACCCAAAACCCAGAAGACGGACCCCUCUUCAAACAUCAUCAUCAAUGGCUGGCGAUUACCAAAAUCUGGGUUAUAUGGGAACUACAAGAGAUGGCUUUAACAAUAAUCGACGGGAAGCUCAUUCAAUUAGCUACUAUUGAUCAUCUGUUUUGCUUUUAAAUCUUUUCGAGCAAUCGUAAACUUCAGGUGCACAUUCAGAAAUGCUUGGGCAUAGUUCGAAGAAAUGGGUUGCUUAUUCUUUGCUGAGUCUAUAUGGUUUCCUUUGUGAAAUUAUUUAUGAUGUUCAUAGUAUAUUUAUGGUCUGCAAUUGGGACUUCUGAUGUUGUGAGAGCUCUACUGCUGCUCAAGUUAGUCGAAGAUUUCUUUCCUGGUGUAACAAGAAAAAAUCCCUAAAUCUAAUUCGAUAUAUAUCAGUUAGGGCUACGUAUCAAAAUUAAAAUUGAUUGGGAAUUUGUUACAAUAACUUAAAAUCUCUGAGUUGAAAAGAUAUCCAGAAACUAGAGAACCAUUAGAACAACUUGAAGAUGCAUUGAGAAGGUAUUAUAUUCUUGUGAAUAGUUGUCAGGAUAAGAGUUAUCUUUAUCUUUUGGCAAUGGGUUGGAAAAUUGUUUAUCAAUUUAGAAAGGCUCAGAGUGAGAUUGAUCGUUACUUAAAGCUCGUUCCUCUUAUUACCCUCAUCGAUAAUGCAAGCUUUAAGGAGAGACUGAAAGACAUCGAAAGAGAUCAACGAAUGACACAAUGGGAAAAGAUGGUGCUGCAGACUCAAUUUUCUCAAGUUCGGACACCUGUUGCGGUGACACCUCUACCCCCAGGUAUUGCGACAUAUCAUAUCAUCUUGGAGGACCUUGACCUCCUCAUCCUCAAUAGAUGUAUUUUAGUUAAGGUGGUCCUGUAUUUGUUCGAUAAUAUGCAACUUAUCGUUUCCAACCCAACUAUUGCCUGGGAUGAGGCCAAGUGUUUCCCCAAACUUUAUGAUGCCAUACCCGCUCCAGCAACAAUGGCAUCUUGGACAAAGAAUGAGUGCGAGGAGACCUGGGAACCCACAACAACAGAUGCAGCAACAACAUCAGAGGCUUCUGCAAGUAUGGUUAAAUAUCACGGGAACCUUAUGGAGUGUGGAUACAGAGCACUAAUAUUCAGGGGUUGUAAACUGAAAAAGGUGGUGCGGGCAUUGAAGAGAAUGUGCUUUUCAGGGAUACCGUGAUUUGUGUACUAUAUAUUGGGAGUGAACAUGAGGUCACUUGUUUUCAAUAACUUACUAUAAAGGUAAGUUGCUGGGUAAGUUACAUCUGUCGUUCUGUAGCAAUGUGCUUACAAUUUAUAUACAUUUCUUCAAUAAAUACUUCAUGUAUCUAUUGUAAAAACUUUUGUAAUUUAUUGCCAUGAACACGAUAAAUUUCACUUCUUGUUAUUGUGUUGUUUUAGGUACCUUCAAGGCUAUGACAAUAAUCUGAUUAUCCUCACUAUAAAGGUAAGAUACAUAGAAAACCUCCUGAGUCCUGCUUUAGUUACCUUUCUUUUGCAUGAAUUUGAAUACUGAAAUUAGAUAUUAAGAUAGUUUUGCAUUUGAGUAAUUUUACAAAAGACUUGUUAACAUCAACAUCAUAGUAGAAAUAUGGUAGUUGUAGACUGGGACUAGGAUUCACAGGUUGGCGUUUUAGAACAUAGCAAGGAUUUUCAUAUCAAUAUUUGUAGAUACAAUAUGAUCACAUGAUCAUAGAAAGCUAUAUCUAACUUGUACAGACAUUAAAGUUUAAUGGCUAGUUAGAGCUAUCCGACUCAGUAGCAUUGCCAGUAUAUGUCGAAAAGACUGUUCAGCAUGUGGUGAUACUUCAGUUACUUUUAAACUGUUGAAAUUGUGUUGCUUUCUGUAAUAUUGAAGUCUCUAAGAGCGUCCACAGUGGUGCGAGCAUAACUAAAGACCAAAGACUAAAAAAAAAGAUCAAAUUUGGGUUUAGUCCAUCCUGUGGCGUAGCGGGUGACGAGUAAAUUU